ACAACCUCUCACAAUUUUUGUGAAAUUGGCUGACCCAGCCAAUUUCCGUGACACUGGCUCGACGCGACUGUCGUUGAUUGUGUCUUGCAGCGUCGUGUUUGGCACAUACAAUCGUGAGGAUGGAAAAAUGAGGUGGGGGAGAGGGCUGCGUUUGACAUCAUUGCCAUUUCCUGAUCUCUUAUUGCUUGUCGUUGUUGUUGUUGUUGUUGUGGGAAGAGGAUACUGUAAUCAAAAUGAACUGCAGGAUUCGUGAGAGAUACUUCAACAAGCUCGGUAUCUUACCGAAUGGUCCACCGCCGGCUCACACGGUGAAAAAGCGAAGAUCGCCAACUGAAUUACCCGGAACUGUUUGUGGUGCUUCUUCCUCCUCCAACAGACAAAGACACCAAGCGGAUCAACCUCCUCCGCCGCCGCCGUCUCCAAUCGUUGUGGAGAGGAGAGACGAUGAACAGCCGACUCCGCGACAACCACGGUCUCCUCCGCAAGUCCAGUUCCAUACUUGUGUUUCGGUGAUUGAGAUUCCUUCGCAUCGAGACUACGACCGAGCGUCCCGACGGAACAUUUGGAACAGUCCUCAAGUGCUCGAGCAAAAUGUGCAACGCAACACCUACGAGUACUGGGCUGAAGGAUUGGACUGGAGAAACGCAACGGAGGAGAAGGACAUGAUUCGCACCAGAAAGGGAAGACUGGUGCACCCAGCCACCUGGAAACUCAUCCAUGAAAACAUUGCCAACCAGCACAAGAACAGACGAAGGGCCAUGUUGCAUCGACAGGCGUAGAGAGGCACUUCCACUUCCAUAACCAGCGUACAGUACAGUAGUAUCGAGAAUGCAUUCGAUUCGAUUUCGAGGUUCGCAAUUUAUUUCUUCUGAAAAACGGCACCAAGCAAGCAGGGAACACUUUUGUGAGCAUUUGUAGCUAUGUAGAGCUAAACUAUCCAUAUACGUAGAGAUACCUUCCAUUCUUAUUUGGUCUAUGUAUAAGUAUACAUUGAUCUCCAGCCCCU